CUUUAACCCUUCAUUCCUUUUCUUUUCUAUAUAUAGAAGAACCUAAAGCUUCCUUCAAAACCAAGCAAGAGAUCACUCUGUUUUGAAUUCGAGAAUCCAAAGAUAAUCUUGUUAACUAAGCAUUGUGUUAUCCCCUUCUAUAAAUACACCUACAAUGAUAUGUCCCAUUGGAAGGCAGAUAGGUUUCCCCAUCGAGAGAGUACCUCGUAUAGAAAGACCACCUCAAGGGAGUGCUACAGCCUCAGGUACCAUUACAAUUUUUUUAUUAUAAAUCAUUCAUAAUAGUUUGAUGUUUUUUUUUAUAAAAGUUUUUUUACAAAAGAUAAUAAUUUAUAUCACUUUUUUUUUAAUAUAAGUGAUAUAAGUUGAUUUUAUAAUUAGAUACUAACUAACGAAUUCGAACUUGGGAUCUGUAAACUAGCGUUAUAUAUAGGUUGAUGUUAUUUAAGUAUAUCGUGAAAAUUGUUAGAGUUCACUUUGGAAAAGAAUAUGCUAUGUGUCAGGAAUUGGUUCAUCUCCCAUAAUAUUUGUGCAUGGCAGGAGAUCAGUAAUGAAUCUAAUAUUAUUUUUUCUCACACAUUUUAAAUGAAGUCUAUCUAAUUGCGAGCUUAAAAUUUACAUAAUGAAACUAUAUAGUUUAAUUUACUCUUAAUAUCGAGAAUUUAAAAAAUCUGAAAACAUAGCUUCCACCUAGGAGGUGUCGAUAAAAUAACUAUAUGAUGACGUGUUCGGUGCACACUUUUUUGGGUGCAUUCAGUGUAUUCGCUUCAUAACCGUCAUUUUAAACAUGCGAUUUAUGUCAAAAUGAUGUCAAUCAUCACUUAUGAUGUGAUGAACAAUAACGCACAUGAAUUUGCACAAAAAACCAUUAAAGAUUUACUUUAAUUUGAAGGAUUAGAGUUAAGAGAUUUAGGAUUAGGGUUAGGGUUUAUAAUUUGGGGCUUACAAAUAGAACUCAAAAUUGGAGGUCUAGGGCUUAGGGUUAUCCACUAAUUAGUUGUUAUCAUAUGUUAUAUCAUCAUAUUACACUAAUUCUACAUCUUAAAAUUCAAAAUUCGACACCUUAAGACUAGUUUUUGAGUUGGGUGCAUUGAACGCACUCAUUUUUGUGAGUGCACCGAAGUAGUCACCCUAUAUAUAUAACAUUAAUUAAUUAAUCUCAAUAACUCGAAAUAUUAAUAUAUAUAUAUAUAUAUAUAUGUUUGAAAAUAAAUAUUUUAACAUUCUACACCACUACGGCACUACACAAGAGGUUCAUGUCACUGUGAACCAAAUUUUAUGACAUAAAUAAACUAAGGGGUCGUUUGGAGAAUGGGAUUUAGGGCGUGGAUUCAUUGAAUCCGUAGAUUUUGUAUAAAGUUAUGUUUUUUUGUUAUUUUUUGUAUUGUGGAUUUGAGCUUUAGAGAUUUCAAAUCUCUAAAAUCCACGGAUAUCAAAUCUCUCAUAAUCAGAGAGAUUCUAUAUCUUGAUUCGUGAGAUUUUUUUCCUCCUACUUUUCCUCUUUGUUUUAUUUAUUUAUCAUAUUAAAUAUAUUUAUCAACAAAGUUUUUAAUAUUUCUCGAAUCACUCUAAUUUUUUAUUAAGGAUAAACACGUUAUUUAAUAUAAAAAUAAUUUUUUUAAUUUUCAUUGAAUGUUAACAAUCACAGUUACCAAACAAUAAACAUUUUAAAAUCUAUUUUCAACAAUCCGAAGAGUUAGAAUUUUUAGAUUGUUGACAAUAUAUAGAUUUAAACUCAUAUUCUCCAAACGACCUCUAAGAUUGAAGAUUCUAUGUAUUUCGAUGACUUAAAUAUCAAGUUUGCUACAACGAGCAACUCUGAACUCAGUAACUAACUUGGCGUUAUUGAUCGAUAAUCUCGUCACUAAAUGCUGAAACGCAAUAGCUAGCUGUUCAUUGUAAAAAAAAAAAAAGAAGCAAUAGCUAGCUGUUGAUGUCCGUCGUCUUAUAUAUAUAUUUUUACUACUGCCGAACAUCCUUUUGCGUCGUCUUAAAGAAGUCUUCGUAUAUAUCUUCUUCAGGAUGAGCAACAAGAGCUCCAGCUCCCAUUCUCCUCUCGUCUACAUAAACGUAGCGUCGGAACUGCCCAUCAAGUUGUCCGGCGCCAAUUACUCUUCCUGGGCGCGGCAGUUUCACAGCCUUGUAGUUGGUCACGGAUUGUUUGGUUACAUCGACGGUACUAGCCUUCCUCCAACCGACGAUGUUACCUCGGCCGCCUUCCAACACUGGAUCCGUCAGGACCAGCUUCUCUUUCACGCAAUCUUGGCGUCGGUUCAAGAAGAAACCGUCGCCCCCUUGAUCCUGACAUCUCCGUCUGCUCGCGAUGCUUGGCUGAUCUUGAAGCGCCUCUACGCCAGGAGCUCACAAUCUCGUGUCAAUGAACUCAAGGAGAAGCUGUCGCGUCUGGCUCGAGGGAAGGAUGAAUCCGUCCUCGAGUUCAUGACUUCGUUGAAGCGGAUCGCUAACGAUCUGUUCAUCAUUGGCCACCCUAUCGACGAAUCUCAGCUUGUUCUCCGUGCCCUCGAUGGUGUUGGUGCCGAGUUCAAGGACUUGGUUGCUGCCAUUCGUGCUAGAGACGACACUCCGAUUUCAUUUUUCGAAUUGUUCGAGGAGCUUGUUGAAUUCGAAACGUUCCUGCGGAGAGAGGAGGUGGGUGAUACUACUAGUGUGGCUGUUGCUCCUGUCGUUGUUUGUCAGUACUGUGAUGAGCCAGGUCAUUCUGCUAAGACCUGUCAGCGCAUCAUAAAUCCGCCUCAACGCUUUCUCACAACUGGACAAAUUACCAAUGCUUUCAAGAACAUGUCUUUUAGUAAGUUCUAUCAGAAUCACAACUUCAACAUCUAUGGUGAUGGUUCAGAAAUGAAUUUCAUAAGAGGAACUGUGAUGGCGAUCGUACUGCUGCUUCAACCGAUUGUCCUUCUAUUCAAGCUGCUGUUUGGAAGGAGAGCUCAAGAUGCUCCUCAACAACUACAGGCUAUCGACCACUCUGCCAUUGUUCCUGCUACAGUAGUGGCCGACUCAGAAGAUCGAAUAAAAAACGGUAACAACAUUUCUCAACAAUCAGAUGAUACUGGUUCCGCUUCUCCUUCCGGGCCUCCAGCUGGUUCUAAUUCCGGAGACGACGAUUCUAUUUUGUUUCCUCUCCCGUUCGCGGAGUACGAGGUGUUUCUGAGCUUCAGAGGUCCAGACACUCGUCACCAAUUCACCGACAUCCUUUAUCGCUUCCUCGUGCGAUUAAAAGUUCGUACAUUUCGGGACGAUGACGAGCUACGAAAGGGAGAAGGAAUAUGGCCCAGCCUUGUCAAAGCUAUCGGACAGUCCAAGAUCCAUGUUCCUGUAAUGUCGGAGACUUAUGCUCACAGCAAAUGGUGUCUUAUGGAGCUUUCCGAAAUUGCUAAACGCCGAAAGCAAGAGAAAGGGCACAUCGUACUCCCCAUUUUCUAUAUGACGAACCCUAGAGAUGUACGGCAUCAAACCGGGCCUUACCAGAGCGCAUUUCAGCAACACGACAGGGACUUUGAUUCAGGAACUGUACAGGAGUGGAGAGAUGCUUUGAAUGAGAUUGGAGCUCUAAAAGGAUGGCACGUCAAGAGCAAAGAUGAGUACGAAAGCUCCACCUAGCCUUUAUUAAUUACAAAAAAUUAAUUUGUUCUAAUUAUAUACUUAAAAUCAUUUUUCGGUUUAAUAUGGAGAGUCCGGUUCCACGGUAAAAAGGAGAGGAAAGUUUGCUCCUUUUUCCUAUUUUCCCACUACUAAAGAACAGAGUGAAAACUGCUCAGAAUUGAGUUUUCCUUCCUCUGUCCUGUCGUUGGAAAACUUAAAGGUGAAACUCACUACCCAACAAACUGCUAAUAAGUAAUAAGUAAUAACUGUUUGGUCUAGCAGUAAUGUUAUUGGCCUGAAAUCUGGAGGUUCGAAAUUUGAAUCUCUUAUCUAAUCAUAAUACAUAAACUUAUAUCAUCCUUGUAAAAAAAAAAAAAAAACUAAUAAUAAAAUAUUUAUCAAUUC